CACACAUGGACUUCGAUGGCAGAGUGUGGCCGCUGUCCGGCGGCUGGGGUCGGUACACCCGGCUGGUGUCGGCGGUCUCUUGGCUCCCCAAUAUCCUCCUGGCCCUCUCCGCCGCCUCCUCCAACCUGAGCGGGGGGGGCCCGGGGUGCGGGAACCGGACCGAGGAGAGAACUGACAACUACACCGGAGGGCUGAGCUGCUGGCUGGAGGAGACCAUCGUCACCCAGUGGGACCUCGUGCAGGAUAAUGAAUGGAAGGUGCCGCUGGCGCAGAUCUGCUACCUGAUUGGCUGGCUGUUUGGUUACAUCAUAUUCGGCUGCGUCAGUGACAGGUGUGGACGGCGCAAUGCGUUCAUCAGCGCCCUGGUGGUGGCGCUGCCCCUCGGAGUGGCGUUGUGUUUUUCCCCGGGAUUCCUCACCUUCCUCCCCCUCCAGGCUGGUUUCGGAGCGGCUCUGGCCGGGAUCUUCCUGUCGCUGUACAUAGCCAGGCUGGAGCUUUGCCUGCCGGGUCGCCGACUUAUGAUAACGAUGAUUGCCGGCUUCUUCUGGCUGAGCGGAGAACUCCUACUGCCUGGCCUGGCUCUCCUGUGCGGUGACUGGAAGAUCCUGCAGGGGGCGAUAACUGGCCUUUUAGCCUUACUAAUGAACUAUUGGUGCUGCAGGUGGCUCUUCCCAGAAUCCCCCCGCUGGGCUCCUGGCUACACAGCAGGUCAGUCAGUUGAAGGCGGAGCUGUAUCUGUUCGCCAGAGCUAAUGGCGUGGACACGCGGGAGGACAUGUCUGGUCAGGACAGUCUGUUUGCAGAAAUAGACUCAUUAUGGGAGGGGUUCCCCCGGCCGCGGUAUUACAGCAUAUGCAGGAUCUUUAAGACUCGUCUUAUAUGGCGGAAUGCUCUGAUUCUGGGAUUCACCACGUAA